UUAAAAAGUCUGAAUCUGAGUGCUCUGAGUGCUCAUAUUAUCCGAUCUCUUGAGCGUCCAGAACCCUGCAGCAUUGCUUCGUUGAUAUCCGCCUAUUAUUGACUGCGAACAUGGCAGGUCUUCUUGAUUGUCAAUGCAUCCGGCGUCGGCUCCGAGCUCGUCUUAAUCCAUCAUUUUGUGGGAUGCAUCAUGCUGGUGCGUUGCUUGCAUUUUUGUGUUGGGACUGUAAAUCCUAUGUUCAGUCAGCUUCCUUCCCCUUUGUGAUGAACAAGCUCUGUUGUGAGUUCACAUUCCACAGCGGAGUUGUUUUCUGGGACAAGUCGUCUCGCCCUUUAUGAUGUGGUGUACGUACAGGGUUACCAUGUUAGCGCACUGCAGCUCGUCUUUGAGCGCUAAUAUCGCUUUAAAACUCCUGAACUUGAUGGUCUCAUGUUCCGCAUGCCAUCAUGAGCUACCUUAUACGUUUGCUUAUUUUAUCUGAAAUUUUCUUCUCGUCACCCUCCGCCUCUGCAGUAUCUGUUCUCAGUUUUCCCUUGACCAAAGUUGAUAUCAGACCCACUGACUCGAGAGGCUCGUACGAUGUUGUGUCGACUUUAAAGCGCGGCGCUUUCACGAACGUCUCUGUUACCAACAUGGGCUACUCUCAGUAUGUCAUGAACGUCGGUGUCGGGGAUCCUCCAACGUAUUAUUCGCUAGUGGUCGACACAGGCAGCUCUAUAACAUUCGUCGGGAGAAGCAAACCGUACAACAAAACGUCUACUAGUAUUGCGACGGGCCAGAACGUGGAGGUGACUUAUGGUCUGGGAUAUCUGGCUGGACCAGAGUACUACGAUACGGUUACACUGGCACCCGAUAUUGUCAUCACCAACCAGUCUAUCGGGAACGUAGUCGCCUAUACUGACUGGCCUGGUGUAGAUGGCGUUUUGGGAGUCGGUCCAGUUAACCUUACUGUGGGGUCGUUGUCUCCAAAUAUCACAUCAAUUGUCCCUACCGUUAUGGACAACGCCCGACUACAGGGUUUGAUUCAGCAACAGAUUAUGAGUGUAUCGUUCGCUCCAGCAUCCACUGACAAUGACACAAACGGAGUCGUCAUGUUUGGAGGCGUCGAUUCAUCAUUAUUCGUUGGUAAUAUUACAUAUGUCCCUGUCACAAGCACCUAUCCCGCAGCGUUGUCUUGGGGGAUCAAUGUAACGAGUUGCUUUUACGGCGAAACGAUUAUUUUUUUGACUUCGACUGCUGGAACUGUUGAUACUGGAAAUUCACUCGUAGCGCUUGCUGAUGACUUUUUUGCCACAUACAUGGCUGCCAUUCCUGGUUCGUAUUAUGACAACCAGUCAUCAUUCAUUGUUAUCCCGUCAUCAUCAAUCGGGAACAUGCAACCGCUGAACCUUACGAUUGGCGGUGCUGUGUUUACAAUGGACGUUGCUGCGCAGCUUGUCCCAAUUGGCCAGGACUCUGCUUGGGAUGGAAAUCCUGGAGUACAGUAUGGUACGGUCGGACCCUUGGGACGCCAAAGCGGCCAGGGCUGGGAUUUCGUCCUCGGUCAGAAGUUUCUAGAAAGAUAUUACGCCGUCUUUGAUGGCGAAAAGAACCGUGUGGGUUUAGCAUAUACAAACUACUCCACAUCACCUCCGCCCGAAACUUCAAGCGCUUCAUCAAAUACAUUUGGAUUCUCUCUACUAGCAUUACUAUCAAUAAUUACCCAAGCCUAUACCCUGCAACUCAUGUUUUGAUUUUAACAUAUCUGGAGGCACGUACAUUCACUAGGACUUAUAUAUAUAGCAUGUAUAUAGCGUAUGUAAUCAAUACAUCGACAUGGUAGCGUGUGCACACCG